AUGGAUCUCGUACAAUCAAGUCGGAAAUUGAUAUCGGAUAUGAUUCAGCUCGCCGGAUCCCAGAUGAAAUUGUUUCUUAUGGACGCGGAGACAACUCCCACCGUCUCGUGUGCAUUCGCCCAGUCCGAAGUGAUGCAAAAAGAAGUGUACAUAUUCGACAGAAUCGAAAACAAAACAUCCUCGGAGAACAUCAAAAACCUCAAAUGCAUUGUUUUCGUCCGCCCAACAGCCCAAAACAUUGAACGACUGGUCAAAGAGCUUCAAGACCCCAGAUUCAGCCAGUAUUACCUUUAUUUCACCAACACUAUCAACAAAUACGAUGUGAAACGGCUUGCGGAGUCCGACAAAAACGAAACUGUUCGAGAGGUCCAGGAGGUAUUUCUUGAUGGAAUUCCACUCCGAAAAGAUUUGUUCACUAUGAAUCUCAACCACAUUUUCGACUCAAGCUUCAAUGUCAAGGAGAAUGAAGCGGAAAGAAUUAAGAGUGGAAUCAUUGCUCUGUUGCUGCAACUGCGGAAAGCUCCGGCUGUCAGAUACCAGAAGACGUCCUCAAACUGCAAAAAGAUUGCCGAUGAAGUCGCGCAAUUCAUUCGCCGUGAGAACGGCCUCUUCGAAAACGCCAAAAGCGACACGACACUUCUGGUCAUCGAACGAUCUCAAGAUAUUGCAACACCUCUUCUAAACCAAUGGACUUACGAAGCAAUGAUUCAUGAGAUGCUCACUUUGACCAACAACCGUUGCACCUGCACUGACCAGAGCAUUGUGCUCAGUGAGCUGCAUGAUGACUUCUUCGCGAAGAACAUCAUUUCAAACUUUGGAGAAAUCGGUCAGAACAUCAAAGCGUUGAUCAGCGAGUUCCAAGAGAAAAAACACAUCAAUAAGAACUUGGAGUCGAUUCAAGACAUGAAGAAGUUUGUAGAAGACUAUCCACAAUUCAAGAAGAUUAGUGGUACAGUAUCCAAGCAUGUCACUUUGGUUGGAGAGCUCAGUAAUCUCAUCCAGAAGCAUAAUUUAUUGGAGAUCUCCGAGUGUGAGCAGACGAUCGUGUCAGAAGGAGAUCAGAACAAGUGCAUCAACAAGAUCCGUGCGCUCCUCAAGAAUCCAAAGACCAGAGAAGUGGACAUUCUUCGCCUUGUUCUGCUGUAUGCAAUCCGCUAUGAAGGGACUCAAAAUGAGCUGGAGAGUCUCUACCGGCAGUUGGGACCUCACCGUUCCAAAAUAGAACAAACGGUGAAGGCCUUACUCAGUUAUGGUGGAUCCCGACGAAGACCUGCAGAUCUAUUCGGAGGACAGUCUACAAUUGAUAUCACUAAACGAUUCAUCAAAGGACUGAAAGGUGUCGAGAACAUCUACACUCAACACUCUCCCUACCUCAAAACUAUUGUUGAAAUGUGCCAACGUGGAAGACUCGACAAUUAUCCGUUGCUAAGCAAUGAUUGCGAUCGCAUGGACAACAUCAUUCUGUUCAUUGUUGGAGGUGCUACUUAUGAGGAAGCGGCGUUUGUGAGAAGUCUCAACGAGCGGAGAGCGCAAGGUUUCGGAGGUCCAGCUGUGGUUCUUGCUGGAAAUUGUAUGCUGAAUACUAAAUCGUGA